AUGGAGCUGCGUUUGAAGACCCUGCUUAACCGUUUUGGUCAGUUCGUACCGCCUCGACUGCUAGAUAUGGAGGACCAGAACCUGCGCUUCGGCGAUACCAUCUCCAGCGCCAACCUGAGCUGCCAGGCUAUGGUCCGAACGGCCGGUAUCAAGAUCGUCUGGGUAGACGCGUUUUCACUCCAUCUCGAGUUCGACGCACGAACAACCACCCUGAAGCUUUUCCGGUUCCCGUCCUUCUGUGCCAUGCUGGCGCACCCCCAAUGCUCCGGAAGUUUGCUCUUCGACCGGUUGCUGAGUGACGGGGCUACCAACGAUGUUGAGUCCUCCUCAGGAGCUGGACCCGCAGGAAGCCCCAUCACACAGGACUUCUUCCUCGAACUCCUGUGCACCUACCGGUUGGUAUUCGGGCAGCACGGUCGGAGCGCUCGCAAGCUGUACAGGAAAAUCAAACCGUCGGGUUUCGUUCCCGGCACCGGCACAGAUCCCCUGCUGGACGAGUUGUGUGGGACCUCGUCAAACAACCACCCGCUCUGGGCAGCCAUAGACGCCUUCCCUGAGAAGGUGCUCUACUCGGCCGAAUCCGACUUUCCGGCCUUUGGCAACAGGCUGCUCACGCUCCAGCGCUACAUCAACUCGCAGUCGCCGAACAGUAUCAAGGCGCUGUGGUACGACCGGCGUGAUACGCACCGUUUCUGGACUUUUUGGGCCGUCAUCUUCUUUGGCGGCUUUUCCAUUAUCCUGUCCUUUACCCAAACCGUGCUAUCUGGCUUACAGAUAGAUAUUGCCCGGCAGGGUGGAAACUCCUGA